GUCAUCUGUCUUUAUCGCCUGUCUACUGUAUGGUCAUACUCCUUCACAACACCUUGGAGGUUACAGACUGUUCAGAAGUUGAGAGAAGCAUUUGAAUGUUUGUUGAAAUGACACCAGGUUCAAACCAAACACUCUCAAGGAAAGGAAUUGAAAGACAUUGCUGCGCGCUGUACCGACAACAGAAACCCAGAUCUGAGAGGAUCUGCCAUUUUUCAGGGUCUAGGACAAAGGACCAGAGACAGACAAAAUCCCCCUGCCUCAGGACCUGUCUGACAUUUUGUUUCAAGGACCGGGCAAGGAUGGAGCAAAGGGAACCAACAGUUGACUCUUAUGUUGAGGGGACUGAUGGAAGACUAAGGGAACUGGCUUCGAAGUGGUUCAUAGAGACUCAAGUGCCACUCAUCGUCCACAACGGCUUCUUCCCCACGUGGUUCCUGGGAUUCAUCUCAAGAAAGGAGGCUGAAGAAAUACUCAGAGAAAAGGAGAUGGGCUGUUUCCUGAUCCGUCUCAGUGAUAAGGCCAUCGGAUACAUACUGUCUUAUAAAGGCAGGGAUCGGUGUCGACAUUUUGUGAUAAACCAAAGUGAAUCAGGGCAGUUUGUAGUAUGUGGAGACACUGAGAGACACGACUCAGUCUCUGAUCUCAUAGAAUACUACAAGGCAAGCCCCAUUCAGCCGUUUGGAGAGUACCUGGCAUCUUCGUGUUUUCAGGCACUGGAUGAAGAGCUGUAUGAUACCAUCCAGGUUAGCCCUAAGGAAAAAAAGCCUUUGGCCACUGCUGGAGCUGUGAACCACAUGCGAAAACCACAGAUUAACUCAGCCUCAGAGCAGCCGCCUGCACGGCCACCAAAGAGCAGCAAGACACUGGAGGAAGUGCCACCAUUGCCUCGGAGGAGCAGGCUCCUUGCGAGUGGCGCCCUGAAUGACCAGGACAGGGUUUUGUAUGCUCAGAUUAGGAAGCAAUCACCCAGGGAUAUACCAAGAUUCCAACACAUCAGCCAGGACAAUUUACCAGGAGAUAAUGUUGGGAGAGCUGAGAGAUCCACAAUCCAGGAUCAGAACAGGUGUAGUCUUCCAUGUGGAGCAGAGUCUGUUUACUCCGAGCUCAGCCUGCUGGACAGCAAGAGCAGGUCUCUACAGCUUCUGGACAACACCUCUGAUGGAGAGCAAUCUUACAGGCUGAAUGCACCACCCAACACUCCCCCGAGACUCUCCCCCAAACCUGUCAGACAAACCACAGACAGCACAGCAAGAAGCAGCCACGGCCUUGAAUACAUGAAUGACGGUGCCAUCUAUCACCUGGCUGGCAGGCCUGGUAGUCCACACACUACAUCCUCCGUGAUCAGAUAUGAUGAAGUCCCAAAUGAAGCCGUCAUUGGCAGCUUCCCUCUUGACAACACAUAUGAGCUGAUUUCUGGCGAUGAGGACACAGCAACACCUGAACCCGACAGCAACACUUAUGAGCCUCUGAACGACAUCAGGCCCAAACAUAAACACUCUUCCUGUUGGUUAAAGAAUGAUAAAUGGAAAUGGCUGUUCCCUGACACCAAGAGGAAAUGGUGAAGAUGCUAUCUUACCAGCUACUAAGACAAAUGUUCACUAAAUUUUCUCUGACACUACAGUGGUCCUACCUAAUAUACACCAUGUGAAAGCUUAUUUUCAACAUGGGCUUACAUGUUCAUACCUAUUCAAAUUCUUUUUUAUGUAUUUUUGCUUUUUUAAUGUAUUUAUUCAACAAUUGU